CCUGAUAAUGUGCUUGUAUUUGAAAUGUAAAUUUAGAUAUGUAUUACUCAACAAAAACAGUUACUUAAUCUUAUCAGUGUGUGAUAAGGGUAAUUAACCAGCUUUUCUUUACUGCAUUUUAUUAUUGGUAUAAUUGACCUCGCCAUUUUUAAUAUCUUUUCAGGUCACAAUGGAGAGAUCCACAACAAUCUUGGUUGUAUGUUCUAUAGUUUUGCCUGUUUUGUUCAUGGUCUCAACGAUGUAUCGAAACUCAAUAUCAGAUCUAUUUGGCACCCUUUCUAAAGCAAAGUUCUUGACAAGAAAAGUUCAGAAUGUUGCAGAAUUAGAAAUUGAUGAUAAAAAUGGACUUGUGAAUCCUGUAUUUGAUGAAAGAACAUGCUUCAGCAGGUUUCAAUCUAAUUUAUAUCGCAAAAUUUCACCCCAGAAGCCUUCUCCUUAUCUCAUUUCAAAACUACGUAGCUAUGAAGAUCUUCAUAAGUACUGUGGACCUCAUACUGAAUCCUACAACAGAACCCUAAAGAGACUUGAUUCUAAGAACAUCACUAGUACUAAUUGUAAAUACAUUGUCUGGAUUCCUGCUAAUGGCUUAGGAAACAGGAUUAUAAGCAUUGCUUCUUCAUUUCUUUAUGCUCUCCUCACUAAUCGAGUCUUACUUAUCAAUCAUGGAACUGACAUGGAUGAUCUCUUCUGCGAGCCAUUUCCAAAUACAUCAUGGUUAUUGCCAAAGGAUUUUCCUCUGAAGAAUCAAUUUGCCAGUUCUAAACUGAGGUAUGCUCAUAGUUUAGGAAGCUUACUAAAGAGCAGUGCUACUAUUAACAAUUCCAAGGAAUUGAAAUCACCAUCAUUUUUAUAUCUUAAUUUAGGUCAUGGUGAUUAUGAUCUUGAUCAGGCUUUCUACUGUAAUCAAACGCAGCAGGCUCUACAAAAAAUUCCUUGGUUAUUUCUUUUAUCAGAUCAAUACUUUGCCCCUUCAUUUUUUCUGGACCCACCUUUCAAGCAAGAGGCGAGCAAAUUGUUCCCUGAAAAAGAAACUGUUUUCAAUCACUUGGGUAACUAUCUUUUCAAUCCCUCAAAUCAGGCAUGGGGACUUAUCACCAGAUUCUAUCAGGCUUAUCUAGCCAAGGCAGAUGAGAAAAUUGGUCUUCAAAUAAGAGUAUUCAAUGUUAAUGCUACCCCAUUUGAAAGGGUAAUGGACCAAAUUCUGUCAUGCACGAUGCAGGAAAAACUACUGCCAGAAGUAGAUACAAAAAAAGAGUCUCUGCCUUCUCCGUCCAAAAACCCGAUUCUGAAAGCUAUCCUGAUAACAUCCUUGUAUCCUGAGUUCUAUGAGAAUAUAAGCAACAUGUAUUGGACUAGACCUACUGUGAAUGGAGAAGUUAUUGAGGUUUACCAGCCAAGCCAUGAAGAGUAUCAACAUUUUGGGGAUAAUAUGCAUAACAUGAAGGCUUGGGCAGAAAUAUAUCUUUUAAGUUUGAGUGAUGUUCUGGUGAUUAGCAGUUGGUCCACAUUUGGGUAUGUAGCCCAAGGUCUUGGAGGUGCAAAGGCAUGGAUUUUGAGUAAACCAGGGCACAGAAAUCCCCCUUGUCAAAGAGCCAUUUCUAUGGAACCUUGCUUCCACUUUCCUCCCAGAUAUAACUGCAGUUCAAAGAACAAAAUUGAUUCUGGUGAUCUUGCUCCUUACUUGAGGCAUUGUGAAGACAGGAGAGGGGGAAUAAAGCUGGUUAAAGAUCAAGAAGAAUUGCAACAGUAAUAUUAUUGGUAACAACAUUGUUAUAACUUGAUUGAUUUUGACAUAGAUUUGAAA